AUGGACCUGCAACCAUGGAUCUGCAACCAUGGACCUCCAACCAUGGACCUGCAACCAUGGACCUGCAACCAUGGACCUGCAACCAUGGAUCUGCAACCAUGGACCUCCAACCAUGGACCUCCAACCAUGGACCUCCAACCAUGGACCUGCAACCAUGGACCUCCAACCAUGGACCUGCAACCAUGGACCUGCAACCAUGGACCUGCAAUCAUGGACCUGCAACCAUGGACCUGCAACCAUAGACCUGCAACCAUGGACCUGCAACCAUGGACCUGCUGUGGUCCAUGGACCUGCAACCAUAGACCUGCAACCAUGGACCAGCUGUGGUCCAUGGACCUGCAACCAUGGACCAGCUGUGGUCCAUGGACCUGCAACCAUGGACCUCCAACCAUGGUGCUGCAACCAUGGACCUGCAACCAUGGACCUGCAACCAUGGACCUGCAACCAUGGACCAGCUGUGGUCCAUGGACCUGCAACCAUGGACCUGCAACCAUGGACCUGCAACCAUGGACCAGCUGUGGUCCAUGUACCUGCAACCAUGGACCUCCAACCAUGGACCUGCAACCAUGGACCUGCAACCAUGGACCUCCAACCAUGGACCAGCUGUGGUCCAUGGACCUGCAACCAUGGACCUGCAACCAUGGACCAGCUGUGGUCCAUGUACCUGCAACCAUGGACCUCCAACCAUGGUGCUGCAACCAUGGACCUGCAACCAUGGACCAGCUGUGGUCCAUGGACCUGCAACCAUGGACCUGCAACCAUGGACCUGCAACCAUGGACCAGCUGUGGUCCAUGUACCUGCAACCAUGGACCUCCAACCAUGGACCUGCAAGCAUGGACCUGCAACCAUGGACCUCCAACCAUGGACCUGCAACCAUGGACCUGCAACCAUGGACCUCCAACCAUGGACCUGCAACCAUGGACCUCCAACCAUGGACCUGCAACCAUGGACCUGCAACCAUGGACCAGCUGUGGUCCAUGGACCUGCAACCAUGGACCUGCAACCAUGGACCAGCUGUGGUCCAUGGACCUGCAACCAUGGACCAGCUGUGGUCCAUGGACCUCCAGCUGUGGUCCAUGGACCGUGGACACCAAAAACUCAAAGAUCAUGUUUUACUUUCAGUACGAUAG